AUGUUUUUCCACAAAUCUCUUUUCGUGGCCACAGCCGGUCUUAGCCUUCUCCUCUGCUUGACGGCGUUCGUCUCUGCUGGUCAUAUUGACCUCGACCAGCGACGUCUCGACAAGCGUGUUUCCCAGCUUUAUGUUCCCAGCCCUGGGGACGUUUUGAUUACUUCUGCUCUCGAAGUUCCUGGAACCUACUCGAACGCUAUCGGACAGUGCUUUUGCAGCCGUACCGCCGAUGAGCAGAAGCAGGGCGUAAGCGGCACUUGUGCCACCAAGUUCGUCGAUAGCGCUAAGAACACAGCCACGUGUUCGUACUCGUCGAAGACGGACAUCCUUUGCCUCGAAAACGGCGCUGAAGCCAGCAUGUCGAAGGAGAACAAUGAGUGGUGGCAGAAAACGUUCUGCAAGAGGUGCAUGUAUGCAGGUGGUAAGAGCAAAGCCUCCUAUAUGUGUCCCUAG